AUGACAGAGGUUGAGGUGAAUCCCCAGUUUGGGGCUGAACUAAAGGAUGCCUUUAAACCUGUCAACGCCUGGGUAUCCAAUGGAAUCUCGUGGCUGGAUGAGAUACAGCAGUUCUACCGUGAUAGAAGCGCCAUCGAGAGGGAGUAUGCCGCCAAACUAUCUGCGCUAUGCAAGAAAUACUCGGACCGCAAAGCCAAGAAGAUCAGCAGUUUGAGUGUGGGUGACACGCCCAGCAUGACACCGGGAUCCCUCGAGGCGGCUUCCUUGACCACCUGGUCCACUCAGCUCAAUUCACUGGAGUCGCAUGCCGCCGUGCGUGACAAAUUCGGGCUUGAGCUAGUCUCCCAGGUGGCGGAGCCCCUGAAGCAGGUCGCAGCACGAUAUGAAGAACUACGUAAGAGCCAUGUCGAAUACUUUGGCAAGCUCGAGAAAGAGCGGGAAUCCACUCUCAGUGAUCUCAAGAAGGCCAAGGGGAAAUAUGAUGGGGCGUGUCAGGAGGUCGAAAACCGGCGCAAAAAGAUGGAAUCCUCGUUUGACCAUAGCAAGACGAAAGCCCAGGCUGCCUACCAGCAGCAGGUCCUGGAGAUGAACAAUGUGAAGAAUACCUACAUUAUCAGCAUCAAUGUGGCAAAUAAGUUGAGGGAGCAGUACUAUCAUGAAUAUGUCCCGGAGCUGCUCGAUCUCGAGACAACCGCCUUAUCCAAAAGCACCGAGCAUAUCUCGCACUUUGCUGGCGAGAUCCCACGCAACAAUCCCAAGCUUGACUCUGCCAUGUUCCUCCAGCACAAUGUUACCCAAACGCAAGAGCCUCCGAACCUGGUCUUCGAGCCCAGUCCCGUGUGGCAUGAUGACGCAGCCAUUGUGACCGAUGAGCCAGCCAAAGUCUUCCUCCGCAACCUACUGACCAAGAGUAAAAGUCAGGCAAGGGAGUUGAAGAUGGAGGCAGAUAAGCAGAGACGCGAGGUCGAGAGUGCCAAACGCAUCCGCGAAAACGUCAAGCAAGGCAAGGACAACCGCGACGAGGUCGAGCUCGUCAGAACGAUUUUUGCUCUGCAAGAAAAGCUCCACGAGGUGGAUCGCAAACGGUUGACAGCUGAGGUGGAGACGUCCACGAUAAUUUCUGUCGUCGGAGAUCUGUCAUUAGGAGCGAAGAAUCACAACUUCCGGUCCCAGACGUUCAAGAUUCCAACAAACUGCGACCUUUGUGGGGAGAGAAUAUGGGGUCUAUCAGCCAAGGGAUUUGACUGCCGUGACUGUGGUUAUACCUGUCACAGCAAGUGUCAGAUGAAGGUCCCCGCGGAGUGCCCCGGGGAGCAGACGAAGGAGGAGAAGAAGAAACUGAAAGCCGAGCGUCAGGAGCAGGCCCAAGCUACUCCGACCAUCCACGAGCCAUUGUCGUCCAACGGAGUGUCUGAGUCGCCUUCGCUGAGUCGCCGAGACACGAUGAACUCGUUGAGCUCUGGCUAUGCGGCCAGCGCCCGCCGAUCAAUUUCCGGGUCAGUGACUUCCAGCAAGACGGCUGCUGCGUCGGACGAGUCGGCAGAACCCGCUGCGCCCUCUUCUCCGGCCCCGAAGCCGCCAUCAGCCACAACAGGAGGAGUAAAGAAAAACCGGAUCCUGGCCCCUCCUCCUGCACAGUAUGUCAGUUCGCCUCCUGCGAAUGACUCGACACCAGCUGUGACAUCUAAACCCAGUGAACCUAAGGGGAAGAUGAUUUAUCCCUAUCAAGCUAAUGGCGAGGGAGAAAUCACCGUGGACGAAGGACAGGAGGUGGUUGUCGUGGACCCUGAUGACGGCUCAGGCUGGAUGCGUGUCCGCGCUGGUGCCCUAGACGGUCUUGUGCCGGCAUCGUACGUGGAGGUUGCUCCAACACCUUCGCCCACGCCAAGUGCCGGGUCAACAGAUCGUCAGGGAUCCGGAUUCUCUAACUCAUCCACCUCGCUGGCGGGGAGUGGGACGUCGAAACGGGUUGGGCCGGCGGUUGCGCCGAAACGGGGAGCAAAGAAGCUCCAAUAUGUCGAGGCCCUGUACGACUACGAGGCACGAUCGGAUGCGGAAUUCAGCAUGGUCGAAGGCGACCGCUUCGUGCUGAUCAACCGAGACAGCGGCGAUGGCUGGGCAGAUGUCGAGAAGGGCGGACAGAUAAAGAGUGUGCCCGCCAACUACAUCCAAGAGAUAUAG